AAUUCACUGCCUCCACCCGGACAGCCCUGUUCUUAUUACCUCGUCGCACACAUCUCAAUUUUUUUUAAAUUUCUUUGAAAUGGGCCGGAUCAGCAUUUCAAACAUUUGCAGCUUUCAACUGACGCUUGUGGGUAUUGAAACCGCAAGGCUCCAAGGUUGACAUUUGGUUUCGGUUGUACAUUGCAUUAACACGCCACUAAAAAUAAUACUCCGUUUCUCCACCGAUAUCCCCCACCCCCAACAAGCAUAUACACGCGAAAAACAGCGCACGGUCCGUUGUCUCACCGGUCCUCAAUUGCGAAAGUCUAUGUUCAGCAUGUUUGGAAGAAACGAAUUUAACCCCUUCUUCAUCUUGGCCGUUGUUUGCACAGCGUUCAUCGAGGCUCCUGAAGUGUUUCAAUAUCCGGAAAAAAUCGAAACGUUGGUGGGACAGGAUGCGAAAUUUCAGUGCGCGUUCCCACUAUUUCAAGAUAAAUCUAAAAUCAGGGUCUACUGGUGGAAAGAUAGAGAACGGGAAUUCUUCAAAGAGGGACAAGAUCGCAGGAAACGUUUUGUUGUGGAAACUAAAGCGAACGUGUUGUUUCAGCUUGGGAACGUGAGGCGCAGUGAUGCCGGGUUCUAUUACUGCAGAGUGGAGGGUGAAUUCACUGGAAAUGGAACAGGCACAAAGCUCAUUGUAUGGGGUUCCCCAGAGCCUUUGAAGAUUUCUCAAACGCAGCCUGCAGAUGGUUCUCUAUGGUGUAACACAUCUGGUUUCUAUCCUCCUGAGUACAUCUUAUCUUGGUAUAAAAAUGGUCAAGAAGUUAUGAACAAAGAAGAUAUUAAACAUCAAACAAUGGAUAAUCUAACUGUAGUUUCCAGUCUUUUGAAAGAGAGACAGCCUGCUCAGCAUGGAACUGUUUAUGAAUGUAAGGUGUCUCACUCCAGCCUCAGUGUUCCAGCUUUGGCCAAUUAUACUGUCAACAUUGAUGACACCAGCAACAUUUUCCAUCUUCCCUGGUGGAUUUAUCUUUGUGGAGGAAUUCUUGUACUGCUUUUGAUUUUUUUAACAAUACUAUGCUAUAAAUUACGUAAGCACAAAGCUCACAAGGUUCAAACGAAGUCCUGUUCACGGUGUAGUGAACCAAUAAUAGCAAAGUCUAAAGAAAGAAAGAAACAGGAUCCAGGAAAAAAGAGCAUAGAGAUGACACCAAGGAACCCAAGUAGAACAGAAAAUGCUACAAAUGCCUCGGCAAAGGUCAAGAAACAUCACAAAAAAAGAAGUGAACCAAUGAGUAUCUGAUCUCAUUAAAUAAAACAAAUGAAUUUUAUAGUACCUAUGGCUUAGGUAAUGCCAUCAAUGCUUAUAUUACAAUAGAGUGUCAUCAAAAUACUUGAUGUUUAAAAGACAUUAAUUACUGCAUUUUAUUAUACUUAAUCUCUCACUGAAAUAUUGAUAAAAUAGUCAAAGUCAAUGUGGUUUUGUUAAUGGGAAAUCUUACCUGACAAACCUUUUGGAAUAAUUUGAGGAAGUAACAGGCAGGGAUGUUGUUUUCUUGGACUUUCAAAAGGGCUUUGACAAGGUGCCACACAUGUGCCACUCACUAUAUAUGAGCCUAUGCUUUUAAUGGUGUUAGCAUGGAUACAAGAUUGGCUGACUAGCAAGAGGCAAAGUAUGGGAAUAUGGAAGCCUUUUCUGGUUGGCUGACAGUGGCUAGUGGUGUUCCGCAGAGAUAAUUUGGGACACUGUGAAGAAUUCCUAAUUUUCUUUGGACACCGUGAAUUGCAUUUGAUUGCUUAUUUAAAAUGUACUCAUAAUUCAGAACUGAUAGGUAAGCGGGGUAUAUGAUCAGCAUUCAUAGAAAAUGCUAUAGAUGUUUAACAGGCUGACAGGAUCUGUGGAAAGAGAAACAGCUAACAUUUCAGUUUGAAGAUCCUUCAUCAGAACUGGAUAAAUGAGAAAAUAAAUUAGUUUCAAUUUGUGGAGAUGAUUGGGUGAGACAGGAUUUGUUGUGCAGUUUACAAACCUGUAUUUGUUUGAUUAAUGACUGAAGCUAUAGCGAGAGAGGGAGUGCAGAUGAAAUGAAAGGACAUGUAUAUUAUGAAAUGCGUGUCAAGUCUAUGCUGGAAAGAAGUGAAGCCAAAAGGAGAAAGUUGGAAAACGCCAGCAGAUCAUUCACUAUUUGUGGGGAGAGGAAAAUCUCCAUUCAUAUUAGAGAUAGAUAAACUUAUACCACAUUAAAUCUAUUCCAGAUUCAUUUGAUUGAUGUUUGAGACUCAGAUUUCCAGGAGUUUGGUAAAAUAGUGAGAAUGCUUUGGGGCUUGUAUCUACUCUAUUCUAAAAGGUAGCAAAGUCAAAAAAAAAACAUCUGCCAUACACUACCAGCGGCUGUGAAGGCCACAACUACCCUCAGUAUUGAUGUGACAUUACUUUCCGUAGUUAAUAGCAGAGAAUAUUUCUAUAUUUUGGUUUUAUGUUUUCUUGUAUUUUGCUGAAUUACAAUUACAUCAUCGCACACUAACUGUUGUAGGCCAGCAGAGAGACAGGAGAGAGUGAAUUAGCCCCAUUAGCAAACUCUUUUGGUCAACAGGAAAUAAUUGAUUUUUUUUAAUACCUUUGUGUAUGAGGGAUUGCUGCUUGCUGCCUAUUUAUUUUAUAUCUACUGUACAUUACAUAUGCUUUGUUUAAAUAGCUAACGUUAAUAUAAUGCUAUUACUCUGUUAAUUAAUCUGAUUAAUUAAUCUGUUUAUGGUUCAGAGCUGUUCUGUCUGUUUCCCUGUGAAAGCUAUAAAUAUAGAUAAUCUGCAUAAUAGCAUAAAUGUCAAGAAACAAAUAAUGUUUAAUUUUACUUUAAAUAAAAUUAAAAUUUUCUUUGUAAAGCUAAAACUCUGAAUCUGUAAUUAAAGAGUAAUUGACACUUUGAUAUACCUCAAAACAAAGAUGGAUUUCUUAGAGAUUAAAGCAUAUGCAGUAUCAUUGCAUUCAGUCAAUAAAGUAGUGCUUGUAGAGAGUUCUAUGAAUUCAUGAAAGUUCAUUAUUUCAGUCUGUAUAUGACGAAAUCAGGAAUAGGAGCAAGGACAGGCCACUUAGCCCCUCAAGUCUGUGCCACCAUCCAUUAUGAUUAAAGACUAUGGCAUCUUCACUUCUAUGCUACUUCCCCACAAUUCCUGGGUUUUUCAAGAAUUCAUUAGACACAUCAAUGACCUAAUUCCAGAGAUUUACAGCCCUCCGUGAGAAGAGGUUUGACUGUUUCUCACAUAAAUAGCUUCUUUCUAAUCUUAAAAACAUAUCUCUUGUUCAUGUCUGUCCCAUGAGUGGAAAUACCUUGUUAUCUAGCCUAUCAUUCUUGCUAAGUAUCUUUGGAGAACUUCUCUUACAGUCUGAAAAAUACCCAUUCCUUUGCUGAGGCCAACAUCUGACCAACACCAAUUACAGUGGUUAUACACACUGGUUUGAUAUUCCCAACUAAAUAUGUAUGAUUGGUUUCAAUUUGGCCUUUUAAACUAAGACCAAAAGCAAUAACUAACAGUAACACGAAGUAUUCAUUGUAUUAAGUAAAACUUUCAAUAUGUUGUUUGCCUCGAAAUGCAGUUAAUGAAUGUAUCUCCCAGUUCAAAAUCCCACACCUGUCAAUCUUUUCCUCCUUUCCUUAAGAAACUGACACAUUUCACAGGGGAAUAUUUCACAUUAUGUCACAAUGUUUCACUUGUUGGUUAUUUCCUUUAAGCCCAUAUGAAUGGCAAAGAAACGUACCUAAGUAAUGAUGUGCAGAGAAAUGAGACCAUGUUUUCAUAUUUUGAAGAAUGUACUAAAAUAAAAUUAAAAGAUGUGACUAUACCCCUUGCCCAUCCUCUGGUUCCCCCCCCCACCCCUUGUCUUUCUCCCCGGACCCCCUGUCCCAUGAUCCUCUCAUAUCCCCUUUGCCAAUCACCUGUCCAGCUCUUGGCUCCAUCCCUCCCCCUCCUGUCUUCUCCUAUCAUUUUGGAUCUCCCCCUCCCCCUACCACUUUCAAAUCUCUUACUAACUCUUCCUUCAGUUAGUCCUGACGAAGGGUCUCGGCCUGAAACGUCGACUGUACCUCUUCCUAGAGAUGCUGCCUGGCCUGCUGCGUUCACCAGCAACUUUGAUGUGUGUUGCUUAAAAGAUGUGUUGGUCUCUUGUCUGAAAUUGGUAGAACAAUGUAUUGAUACAUUCCAGUCUGGAGAACUACA